UCCGCAGUGGGGGAGAGACGGGUGAGAAGCCGGGUUCCAGCGCUCAGACGGUCGCCGCUGUAUUCACAGGUCAGAGGGAAACGGAACGCACCAGCUGCAGCCAUGUCCGUGGUUGGCAUUGACCUCGGCUUCCUCAACUGCUACAUCGGAGUGGCGCGGAGUGGCGGAAUCGAGACUAUCGCCAAUGAGUACAGCGAUCGCUGCACCCCAGCAUGUAUAUCCUUAGGAUCCAAGACCCGGGCCAUCGGGAAUGCAGCAAAGAGCCAGAUUGUCACAAAUGUAAAAAAUACAUUACAUGGCUUCAAAAAACUGCAUGGAAGAGCAUUUGAAGAUCCUUACAUACAAGCUGAAAGGGCCAAACUUCCCUAUGAACUUCAGAAGAUGCCGAAUGGCUCUGUAGGAGUAAAGGUGCGAUACCUAGAUGAAGAGAGACAGUUUGCAAUUGAACAGAUCACAGGAAUGUUACUGGCCAAGCUUAAAGAGACUUCAGAAAGUGCUUUGAAGAAACCAGUGGCAGACUGUGUGAUUUCAGUACCCAGUUUCUUUACUGAUGCUGAGAGAAGGUCUGUAAUGGCAGCUGCACAGAUUGCAGGAUUAAAUUGUCUGAAGCUCAUGAAUGAAACUACAGCAGUUGCACUGGCCUAUGGAAUAUACAAGCAAGAUCUGCCAGCCUUGGAAGAGAAGCCAAGAAACGUGGUCUUUGUAGAUAUGGGGCAUUCUGCUUACCAGGUUUCAAUUUGUGCUUUUAACAAGGGAAAAUUGAAGGUCUUGGCUACUACCUUUGACCCAUUUGUAGGUGGUAGGAAUUUUGACGAGGCUUUAGUAGACUACUUCUCUGAAGAAUUUAGGACAAAAUACAAACUGAAUGUAAAAGAGAAUCCCCGAGCCCUGUUACGAUUGUAUCAGGAAUGUGAAAAGCUGAAGAAGCUUAUGAGUGCAAAUGCUUCUGAUCUUCCACUCAAUAUUGAGUGCUUCAUGAAUGACCUUGAUGUCUCCAGUAAGAUGAACAGAGCUCAGUUUGAGCAGUUGUGUGCUGCCCUUCUGUCCAGAGUGGAACCUCCUCUGAGAGCAGCCAUGGAUCAAGCUAAACUUCAGCGUGAAGAUAUCUACAGUAUAGAAAUAGUAGGUGGGGCUACUAGAAUUCCAGCAGUGAAGGAACAGAUCUCUAACUUUUUCUGUAAAGAGAUAAGCACCACGCUAAAUGCUGAUGAAGCUGUUGCGAGAGGCUGUGCCUUGCAGUGUGCAAUUCUUUCCCCAGCUUUUAAGGUGCGUGAAUUUUCCAUCACAGAUGUUGUUCCUUAUUCGAUAACAUUGAGAUGGAAAUCGUCCUAUGAAGAAGGAACAGGGGAGUGUGAAGUCUUCAGUAAGAACCAUGCUGCUCCAUUCUCAAAAGUAAUUACUUUUCACAAGAAAGAGCCUUUUGACCUGGAAGCUUACUAUACGCAUCCACAUGAAGUGCCUUAUCCUGACUCCAGAAUAGGGCGUUUCACUAUUCAGAAUGUUGGUCCCCAACAUGAUGGUGACAAUUCCAAAGUGAAGGUCAAAGUGCGUGUCAAUAUUCACGGCCUUUUCAGCGUGGCUAAUGCUUCUAUCAUCGAGAGGCAGAAUGUUGAGGGAGAUCACAAUGACAUACCUAUGGACACUGAAUCAUCAAGUAAGAGCCAAGGCAGAGAUGAAGAGCUGCAAUUACCUCUCAUUACUGAGGAUGAUACCCUCAACUCUGAGGAAGAGGUUUGUGGUGAUAAAAUGCAGGUUGAUCAAGAUGAAGGUGUUCAGAAAACUCAAGCUGAACAACAGAACCAAGCAGAUGAGGAAACUGAAAAUGCAGGAACUGAAAUAAAAGCUGCUUCAGGAGACAAGCAAGAUCAUCCAGCCCAGCCAAAGGCUAAAGCAAAAGUGAAGAGUAUUGACCUACCUAUACAGGCAAGCCUUUAUAGACAACUGGGACAAGAUCUUAUCAAUUGCUAUAUAGAAAACGAGGGGAAGAUGAUGAUGCAAGACAAGCUUGAGAAAGAAAGAAAUGAUGCUAAAAAUGCUGUUGAAGAGUAUGUGUAUGAUUUCAGAGACAAGCUGUGUGGAGUCUUUGAGAAAUUCAUCACUGAAGAAGAUUCAAACAAGCUGACUUUGAUGUUGGAGGACACAGAAAACUGGCUUUAUGAAGAUGGAGAAGACCAGCCAAAACAAGUGUACAUGGAUAAACUCCAGGAAUUAAAGAAAUUUGGACAGCCUAUUCAGGAAAGAUACAUGGAACACGAAGAGAGACCAAAAGUUUUAAAUGAACUGGGAAAGAAGAUUCAGCUCCUUAUGAAAGCAGUAGAAGCAUACAAAAAUAAGGAUGAAAAGUAUGAUCACCUCGAUCCUGCUGAGAUGGAAAAAGUUGAAAAAUAUGUCAAUGAGGCUAUGAAUUGGUUGAACAGCAAAAUGAAUGCUCAGAACAAACUAAGUCUAACUCAGGAUCCAGUUGUCAAAGUGGCAGAAAUCAUGUCAAAAUCUAAGGAAUUGGACAGCUUCUGUAAUCCCAUUAUAUACAAGCCCAAACCGAAGAUAGAACCUCCCAAUGAUGGGCAGUCAAAAGCUAAUGGUGAACACAAUGGACCAGUGAAUGGACAGAGCAGUGCUGAAACAAAACCUGAACCAGCGAAGGACAAUUCUCAGCAGACCAAACCACCUGGAGAAAUGGAAGUGGACUAAACGUUGCACUUCUUUUACUUAAUCAAAAUAGUGCAAGUAACCACAGGGUCCAUUCUUUUUGUCUGGUACACACCUCAGAUGUUCAGUUAUUCUUAGCCAACCUUCUGUCAUUUGUUGCUGAGUAGUUUUAAAAGUGUUUUAUAUUAAGUACACCUCUGAUGUUUAUUUCCACUGAUGCUGCUUAUGUGGAGCUUUAGCCAAAUGUAGAUUGUAUAAGUCAGUUUAAGCUUUCCCAAUAUAUUUUAUAUCAAACAUACAGAAUUGAUAUAUAAAUGGCAACAAUCUACCUUAUUUAAAGCUUUUCUUGUGGAUAAACCUCAGCUCCUUUAUUCAGGAAAGGAUACUGUAUUGCACUACUGAUGCUCAAGUGUAGAUCUAAUUGCAUCUUUAUUUUGGAAAAAUAUUGGAAUUGAAGUGGCAAAACUUGUCACUUGAAGCACUGACCUUUUCUAGUUAUUGUAUUGUUAUAAUUUAAAUAUUAAAAUAGAGGUUAGUUGGCAUAUGUAGUCCAUCUUGUUGAUGUACCAUGAGGAUUGUAUGGUCUUUUCCAUAUAAACUGAAUAAUACAAGCUUAAACAUGGUUUAGUUUCCCAUACCACUAACAGCAUAUGUUAGCUGCAGAAUGCUGGCAUAAUGGUUCUGCCUUGUGCUGAAAUCAUCCAAGGUCUCAGCACACAUCGCUGUACAUAAGGUACUCUGCUUCGGGUAGGAUGAUGCUAAUGGCAGUGGUAGGAAGUACCCAAGGACCGUUGCAUAGCUUUCCCUUGAAAAUGUCUUAUUGCACGUGCUACUACUCCUGCUGCUUUUGUUUUGAAGGAAAUCUCUAUCUUGAUCACACCUUGAGCUGGGGAGGAGAAACAACAGAAAUAGUGCUGUGCGAGCUGGAUAUUAGCAACCUGGGUUUGAGGUUGCUUCUGUGCUGUUAGUUGCAAACUUGAAAAUGCUGAGAGCUUAUUUAGGCCUUAAUACUCAGCACAUAAAUAUUUUUGUCAUGGAUAUAAGCAAAAGAGCUUACAAACUGGAUAGUAUUACCCAAAGAUGGAAUCUACUUGAGAAACUUGUAUAGCUUACCAGUUACCUUCAGUCAUUAACUUGAUGGAAUGAAAACAUCUAUAACAUACUACACAGCUGAGUCACUACUUUUCUGUGAUACAUCUUACAUACUGUCAAGGUCCAGUGUGUGUUCAUAAGUGCUGAAUGGUCCUGUCAGUCACUGAAGUGCUGAAGCACUUGCCUCAAGCAAGUCACUCUGCUGCUGACUUCAAACAGCUCUUCCAUUACCAGCAUAGGACUGGGCUACUCUUGGUUAUGGAAAGUAUUUUUAAGGCAGCAUCAUUUCCAGCUGUGUAUAAACAGGCUUGACUAGCUCAAGUGUUAGAAUUUCAUCUUCAUGACUGAUAGCAAGUGGCCAGGCUGCACAUACUUUACUAUUCCUACUCUAGACAGUCAAUUGGGGAUGAUCUAGCAC